UACACAGGUCUAUCCUCUUUGAUCGACGAGUCGAACGUACAUAUAGGGCUUCUAUCAGAAGUUUUCCCUUCCCAGGGUACCCCCACUCUACGUAAUUUUCACUCCGAUGCUUGUCCCCCACUCCAAAAAUCAAUGGAUAAAAAAUUGAUUUUUCAAAAAUAAUGGGGUUUACUCUAGCAAAAAAAUUGGAUGGUAAUUUUCUACUCUGAUGUAUCGUAUUUUUCAAGCGUAAAUAAUUGAAAACGACUUAGAAAAUGUCGAAACGGAAAUAUGAUGAGAUUCUCACGGACGAGAGGAGUUGGUCAGCUGCGACGAGAGCAAAUGAAAAUCAGCAUACCCUUGAUUCUGACGAGGAGGAUGACGAGGUGAAGGAAGAUAAUUACAAUGUGAUGAAUCCAGAUGACCUAGAGGGAACCGAAGAGGGACCAACGGCAGCUGAGACCAAUGUUGGGUUCACAGCUUUCAACAUGAAGGAAGAACUUGAAGAGGGUCACUUUGACAAGGAAGGUCAUUAUCUCUGGAAUAAAGAAAAAGAGAUCAGGGAUAAUUGGUUGGAUCAUAUUGAUUGGAUUCAGAUCAAACCAACACAAUCAGCAGAAGGUACAAAUAACAAAAAAAAUGAUGAAGAAAACGGUCUGGCGGAUAGUGACAGUGAAGAAGAGCCAGGUGUGAUGUUCGAUCCAAUCCCACUGUACAAACAGAUACUGGAAUACCUAAAACCUGGUGAGACUGUGUCAAAGGCGCUUUGCAGAUUAGGUAAAGGAAAACAACAGAUAUCUUCCGCAGAGCGAUGGAAGAGAAAAAAAGCUGGAUUGAGUGAGACUGACGAGAAUUCAGAUAAAAUUAUGAAACUCACGGAACUUGCAAAUGAAUUAUUAACGAGAACGGGGAAUAUGGAUAUUUAUCAGGAGGCACAUGAUGAGAUUAAGGAAAAGAUCGAUAAAUCCGCAAAACAGUCACACCCAUCAAAACAAGAAGCUGAAUUAGACAUGUAUGCUGACGAUUUCGACACGAAGGAGAAAGAAAAACUUGUGGAAACAAACCAAGCUGGUACGUCAUCAAAAAUGGAUGAAGAAACAACUGAGCCAGUGGAUGCUGAAGUAACAUGGGAAUUGAAGUGGUCACUCGAGGAAAACAGUGAAAUUCAUGGCCCACAUACCAGCCAACAGAUGCAUAAAUGGGCAAAAGAGGGCUAUUUCAAAAAUAGCGGCUGGGUCCGUCGCAAGGGACAACUCGGUUCAUUUUACAGUGCUGCGAGACUCGAUUUCGAACUUUACAUGUAAUUUUUUUCUUUAUCCUCAUUAAUUUUCAUUGAAUAAACAAUUUUCUGAUUUAUUGAAUUAAAUA